AUUUGUAGAGACCACAUUGUGUGUGAAUGUGUUUGUUUUUUGCCAAUUUUGUAAACAUAUUUUUUGUGAAAUUUUGUGGCAUUUCCAAAGUAAAUAUUGCGUGAAAAAUUAUCUCAAUCGUGCCAAUAUUGUGUUCUUGUGCCGUGUUAGAAUAACGUGCCAUCGUCUGGAAAUGUCUCACUACAAAUUAGUCGUCGUGGGUGGUGGCGGAGUCGGGAAGUCAGCUCUAACAAUUCAAUUUAUUCAGAGCUACUUCGUCACUGAUUACGAUCCCACAAUUGAGGAUUCCUACACAAAGCAGUGUGUGAUUGAUGAUGUUCCAGCUAAAUUGGAUAUCUUGGAUACGGCUGGUCAGGAGGAAUUUAGUGCCAUGAGAGAGCAGUAUAUGCGAUCAGGAGAGGGAUUCCUUUUGGUUUUCUCUCUUGCAGAUCAUUCGAGUUUCAUGGAAAUUGCAAAAUUCCAGAAACAAAUACUACGCGUGAAGGAUCGAGAUGAAUUUCCAAUGAUCCUCGUUGGUAAUAAAUCAGAUCUCGAGGCACAGAGACGGGUCUCCCUGGAUGAGGCUCAGCAAUUGUGUCGUCAGCUGGGUAUUCCGUAUAUUGAGUGCAGUGCAAAGCACCGCAUUAAUGUCGAUCAAGCUUUUCACGAACUCGUGAGGAUUGUGAGGAAAUUCCAGGAGGCAGAGAGACCAUUCUUUGAGGAAAAGUACAAAAAGAAAAACAAACGAAAGUGUUCCAUUCUCUAACUGGACACAGCAGAGAAGAAAAAAAAACUGCCAUACAUGGGAGAUUUUCUUUCGAAUUAGUAAAAAAAAAAACACGCAUAAUGUAAAAUGAAAAAAAAAAGUUUCGUUAACUUAUUGAGAAGACAAAAAAAACAGGUGCCUAAAUAAUAUUCUAAAUAUAUACACGGACGCCCAAACAUCAUGCAAUAUUCUCUUACGAGGAAUCAUUUUCACACUCUUUUUUAAUUAUAAAUUACAUAAAAUUGUGUAUUCUUGUUUUUACUCUUUUAUAUAUUUUAAGAAAGGAUUAUAUUAAAAAAGUUAUUACGUAGGAGGAAGCAUAGAGAAUAAAGUUCUUCAACUUGCUAUUUUUUCCUGGGCAGCACACAUAAUACAAGGGAGUUUUUCUGAGAGAGAAGAAUCAAAAGAGUUAUCAUACUCUACCUACUAAAUUGCAUAAUUUCUUCCUCUUUUUAUUCGAAUAAUAUAAUAAUAAAAAAUUGUACUUUUAAGUAACAUUGCGAUGUGUAUGUAACUUUCUAUUUACAAAAGUUAAUUUUUUUAAGCUUUAAUGUUACAAUGUCAAAAAGAAACUUGUAGUCGACGUUAAGAUCUUUAACAAUAAAUAAUAUUUUGAUGUUAUUAAAUGGAA